AUGCCCAGGAUAUUCGUGAUGCUGCUGCUGCUACUGCUACGACAACACAGUGCUGUAGCCACGCCGACGCCGGGCAAUUUCGCCGAUGCAGCGGAAACGAUCGAUGUGCCACCGGAACAUCGUGCGCCACCACCCGGUGCUGCUGCUGCUGCACCUGCGCCACCAAUUCCACCAGGUGUUGUUGCUCACCUGCCCGGAUUUGGACCACGUCCGCCGUUGCUGGCUGCUGCUGCACCACUCCCACGCGCAUAUAUCGGCGGCAAUGUAUCCGCGCUUAAUUGCACCGACUGUUGCUUACCGGAGUGUCUAGCGGAGGAGAACGACGGCGGCGACGGCGGCGACAGCGUUGUGGUGCCAGCACAAAAGCAAUCAUCCCUCUCCGCUACAUGUCGACCCAAAACUUCAUCCUCGCUUAACUGCAACAACACCUGCUCGGAGUGCUCUUCGCAGGUCACAGCGCAGCAGCCUUCAUCAAAACUAACAACAACAACACCAUCAACAACACCAUCAUCCAUUCUGCCGCCAUUAACAGGAAUUCAAAUGAAAUUACAACACCUCACUGGCGCCGCCACAAAUUGUUGCUGA